CCGGAAAAACGCCGCGGGCGGUGGGCGGGGUGUUCUUGGGGAGGCCCCGCCCCGGCGGGAGGCCCACCCCCCCGGCGCGUCCUGGCGGCGGAGGCGGCAGAUGCUGAUUGAAAAUGAGUAAAGACAAACAAAUCGAUGAAGAUGAUGAUGACAGCGAGCAGUUUGAGGACUUUACAGAGAAUUUUAACCAACUUGAACUGCUGGAGACACACAGGCAUUUGAUUCCUGUAGGAACUCAGAGCUGUUGGUCAGGACAGUCUGACGAUGACGAUGAUGAACAGGAAAGAAGUGAGGAAUGGUACGAAAUGCAAGAAAAAAAAAUGGAAAAAAAUCCAGAGAAAUUGCUGCUCUGGGCAGCUGAAAAUAAUCGGCUGAGUACAGUGAGGAGGCUCCUUUCUGAAAAACUGGCUCCAGUGAAUGCUCGUGAUGAAGAUCAGUACACUCCUCUGCAUCGAGCUGCCUACAGUGGGCACUUGGACGUUGCACAUGAAUUGGUUGCCCAAGGGGCAGACGUUCAUGCGCAGACGGUGGAUGGCUGGACACCUCUGCACAGCGCCUGUAAGUGGAACAACACAAAAGUGGCUGCGUUCUUACUUCAGCAGGGUGCAGACAUCAACGCGCAGACAAAUGGUUUGCUGACACCAUUGCAUAUUGCUGCAGGAAACAAAAACAGUAGAGAAACCCUUGAACUCUUGCUGAUGAAUCGCUAUGUGAAACCAGAUCUGAAAAACAACUUGGAUGAAACUGCCCUUGACAUUGCUAGGAGGACUGACGUAUAUCACUAUCUUUUUGAAAUCGUAGAAGACUGCAUAAAUGCUGUGUCCCCUUAAAAGCUGUGGUUAAGCUUGUGAAUGUGAGGUUUGCUGCCUCCUGUUUGUGUUCUGCAUGCUUAUCAGUGGUGGUCUGUCCCUUGGCAACAAGGUUUUUCUUUUAUAAUACUUUAGUAUUCUCCUCAGGCAAAAUGUCACUUCUUGCAACUCUGCUCCGUGGCCUCACGCAUACUUAGAAGCGUUACUGCUGUUAUUCGAGGUGUUCAGAAAGUGUCAGUAAUUUCAGUGAGUUUCCAUUUUGUUAGUGCAGCUUCCGAGGGGCCUUUGUAAUUGCCCUGUACUGUCAAAGCAGGAGGGAAAACUGGAAUAUUUACUUGAUGUGAAAGAAUUCUGGCUUGGUUAUGCAGUUUAUUACAGCCCACUUGAAAAUUAUUUUUUGAGAAAUUUUAACUUUUUUAAAGCUGCAUGAAAGCUCAGAAUGAAUGUAACUUAUUAGAGUGAUACACAAAAUGUUUAGUGAUUCUCAUGUAAGGAAUAUUAUAAAAUAAAAUAUUUAGCCCUAA